AUGUCGGAUCGAUACAUGGGUUAUGUUCCCACGCCAUCGGGUCGGUCUCCUACCUUCAACCCUGCCAGAGCUUCUAUGCCGACUAGUGUAGGAUACAGCUCUAUGUACGCCGGAGACAUGCAUGUCGUACCGUCUGCCAGCCAAAGACAUUAUAUUACCCCGAGAGGCUACUCAACUUCCACGACCGCCUCGGGCGUUCCCACAACCACAACAACAUAUGCUAUCACCCAGGGCCCAAGAGGCAAUCUUAGGACUAGAGACGGCAGCAGGACGCGUCGGUCAACGCUGGAAUCGACUUCAAGGCCCCCAGUGAUUAUAACUACAACACAGUUGGAUCGCCCUCAUGGUUCUUCGUCUCAUUCUGGCAACGCACGAUCUGGAAGUCCUAUUCGAGACGAAUAUCGUGCCUCUGACGGGCAGGUUUACUCACAGCCCGCCUCGUCUUUGCGUUCUCGCAACACAGCUUCUCGUUCAUAUCAUGCAUCUUCCCCGAAUGAGGAUUUUGGCAGAUAUAGAGAUAGGGCUGACAGUCACUUAAGCUCGCGUGACCUCGAAGCUUAUCGUAAUUCUCGACCUUCUGUUGUUUAUCCGAGUGACCCAAGACAUAGUACCGCGGCCAUUGAUUACGGGGACGACGGUUAUCAGUACACCAACGCCGGCGAGCUCGUCAAAUACGACCUGGACCAAUCUAAGCCAAGUCGCUCUAGACGGCAUGAUCGACAUGACAGUUUUGAUACGGGAUACUACCGUCCAAAUGUCAAUUACGAUUUAGAUCGGAGGAAUCUUAAUAUCAACACCAGCCAUGAUCUCAAUCGCGGCCCCAAUGGUCCCAGUAGCAGGCAACACGACGGACGACCUGGACCACCGCCGUCAACUCGUGGUUUUGAUAAGAUCAAUCGGGCGUACGAUUCUAGAGAUGUGCUUCCAGCUGCCCCAGUCCCCCCCUUACCCACCAGUGCAGCAUCGCUACUCGAAAUACAGGGAAGUUCUGGCAGCGGCCGGAGACCGCGACCCCUGUCGCUCCACCAAGAUGCUGGACUCCGGUCGUCGCAUCAUGACGAGUUAUAUCGAAGUCGAGAAGAUGAGCGUGUCAUGCGUGCCAUGCGUGACCGAGAUUUUGAUCGCCGCCCUGAGCCUCCUCGAUUCUAUGAUGACAGCGUCGCAUCCCGAGGUUUUGGAAUUCGCACAGAGGUUCUAAGCCCUCCAGAGGAAAUCAAGGAGCGCCGCCGUGAAACACGACUAGACGACCCAAGAAGGAGGUCUGACGAAGAAGUGUCAUAUGGCUCAGAUAAAGACAGAGAAGGUCGCCGUUGGAGUCGCCAGGAUCCCAUGGAGGAACGAAGAGAUCGGAGACAGACUAAAAGAGAUGAAGACAACCAGGAUCAGGAGCAGUCACGGACUCGUGAGACGCUCGUUGGUGGACUCGGUGCCGCGGCAACUGCUGCUAGCCUUGUAGCUUCAACCAAACCAGGAGAGAAGAAAGAUCAAGGGUCUCCUGGUGCAAAGAGACGCCGCAGUCCUCCAGAGGAUCGCGAAAUUCACAAAGAAGUUAUCGUAGAGCAAGAUGCUCGCCAAUCCUUUGAAAGAGUCAGUAAGCCAAUGGGAGGGAAAGAGGGGACUCGAGAACGGGAACAAUUACGGGGAAAAGAGCCUCUCCAGGAACGAGAUCCAACGAGAGAGAGGCCGCCAGCGUCUGAAAGGGAUGUUUUCGUGCCAAAGGAAUCAGUUCGGGAGCCUGAGCCAAUUCGUGAGAGAGAGACAGUGAGGGAAUCUCUAAGGGAUAAUUUACGAGAUAAGGAGUCUGUGAGGGAAGAACCUAGAGAUGGUGGCAGCUUUGAGCGACGGCGACCUGGCGCAGAUUCCCGAACAAUCAGAGAACCCGCAAAAGUCUCGGGAUCGGAUUCCGAUGAUACGAAAAGACCCCCUCGGCGAGGUCGUGUUUCCCAGGCAUUCAACCCUAAUGACACCUCUGACUUGAAGCAGCUUAAGGAGCAACUAGCCUCGAUGGAGAUGUCUAUGUCUGAUAAACGGCAAGAGAAAGAAGUUGAACGACCGGCUUUGGCAGAGAAACCACGAGCCCGCUCUCCCUCUCCAUCAAAAGAGCAAGUCGCUGCAGGCUCACCCCGGGAAUCCUCUCAAGAAAAGUCUGGCGAAGAAUCUCGCGGUCGAGAACUCGUUGUUCCUGCAGCUGAAGGGAAGCAAGUGCGUCUUGUGUCACCUCCGAAGGACAAAUCCGAAGGCAAGCCCUUGAAAGGCAUCCUGAAGCAGCCGAAAGCUAGCUUCCCAGAAGAAGCUAACCCAGUUCGUGAGGGUGUAGCCCCCCACAAAGAGGACAAGAAACUUAAGGAGGCCCCUCCUGGGGCGAGGUGGACCAAGAUCAAUCGCAAGAUUGUCAAUCCCGAGGCACUGACCAUUGGAAAGGAAAGAUUUGAAGUUCGCGAUGACUUUGUGAUCGUGCUGAGAGUUUUAAGCAAAGAGGAGAUUCAGGCUUAUGCCGCAGCAACACAAGUAUUGAGAGAGCGACGCCGUAACAAGAUUGAGGGACAAAAGGAAGAGGACAAUGAUUACGGAAGGGAGCGUGAUAUUAUGCGUGACGAAGCUGACGAGGAAGACGAAGAGCGCCAUCAUCGCCACCGCCGACGCCGUGAAAGUGAAGAAGAGAGUGAUGAGAAGGAACGCCACAAGAAUCGUGAAAGAGACCGUCAGCGAGAGCGGGAUCGAGAAUCUGAACGUGAAGGUGAAAGGCAACGACACCAUCGGAGAGAUCAGGCGGACGACUACGACAAUAGGGCACGAGACGACCCUCAUCAUCAUCACCAUCACAACAAUCACCGGUCGUUCAGAGAGCGAGAGCGAGAGCUGGAGGCGAAAAGUUAG